UGACUCAAAAUGUAACACACAUUUGUGUUCCAUUCCAACAAUGGCAUCGCAUUAUAUCUACUACUACCAAAUAUCCAUCCUCUUCCUUAUAGUUCCAACGCUAGUGAGCUCCUUCACCGUGAUAGCGUCCGAUUCUACGGCGCCAUCGGCAUUGAUAGAGGGUCCGCAGACAGGGUUCACUAUGACGAACGACGGAGCCAGAACCGACCCGGACGAGCAAGACGCCGUCUACGACAUCAUGCGAGCCACCGGCAACGACUGGGCCUCGUCCAUCCCCGACGUGUGCCGUGGUCGCUGGCACGGAAUAGAGUGCAUGCCCGACCAGGACAACGUCUUCCACGUCGUCUCCUUGUCGUUCGGAGCCCUCUCGGACGACACGGCGUUUCCCACUUGCGACCCGGAACGCUCCUACGUCUCCGAAUCCCUCACGAGGCUCAAACAUAUCAAGGCCUUGUUCUUCUACCGGUGUUUCACCCGCGCCCCUCAGCGUAUUCCUUCCUUUCUGGGCCUCUUGGGCUCCAGUUUGCAGACUCUCGUUUUGAGAGAUAAUGGGCUUCUAGGCCCAAUUCCCGACGAGUUGGGCAAUCUCACCAGCUUGAGAGUCCUUGAUUUGCAUCGUAAUAAUCUCAACGGUUCCAUCCCCUUGUCGUUUCAUCGGCUCACCCGGUUGAGUUCGUUGGAUUUGAGCGGUAACAAGUUAACCGGUUACGUACCCGGUUUUAGUCUUCCCCUUCUGAACAUUCUUGACCUGAACCGAAAUCUACUAAUCGGCACGGUCCCGUCCAGCCUCUCAUCGUGCAGAUCCUUGAUCAAAAUCGAUUUUAGCCGGAAUCGACUAACCGGUCCGAUCCCGGAGUUGAUUGACCGGCUCAAGGAACUUAUUCUUCUCGAUUUGAGCUAUAACCGGUUAUCGGGUCCAUUUCCGUCUUCACUUCAAGGACUAACUUCUCUCCAAGCGCUAAUCCUCAAAGGAAACAGAAGAUUCCGGACAACAUUAGCGGAAGACAUGUUCAGGGGACUGAAAAGCCUGAUGAUAUUGGUUCUUUCGGACAUGAACCUUCAGGGCUCAAUACCAAAGUCAAUAGCUGGAAUGAGCAGCCUCAGAGUUGUGCAUCUCGACGGGAACAACUUGACUGGUUCGAUUCCCAUGGAGCUUGGAAACGUUAAGCAUCUGAGUGAGCUGAGUCUCGAUAACAACAGGUUGACAGGACAAAUCCCUUUCGAGAGAGAAAUGGUGUGGAGGAUGAGGAGGAAGCUGAGACUUUAUAACAACUCCGGUCUAUGCUCGAAUAGAGACAGCGGUCUAGAAGAUGAGUUGGGAGUAAGGCCGUGCGAAUGGAGAGAAGGGUCGUCGAGGAUGGUCCAGCAUCUUUCUACGAGCCGUGUGACUGAAACUACAGAGCCCUCGAGCUCAUCCUACACGGCGAGCACUCUCACAUUGUUCCCUCUCUUUCUUCUGUUGGUUUCGCUUUUACGUUAACAAGUGAUGAAGAGAAUGCUGUGCUCUUGUAAAUACACACCCAUGGCUACGAGUUUUGAUGGUCCCUCUUCUUUAACCUUUCAGUCCAGUUUUUCACAAUACUAAAGUCUGCAUAACUGCUGCAUAUUUUGCC